AUGGCAUCAGCAUCAUCAACUCAUAUUGAAAUACAAGAUGAAGAAGCUAAUACAUCAUUUAUGCUUGGUAAACGAGAUGUUUUAUUACAUAACUAUCAAUCUGCAUGUGAUCAUUUAUCAAAAGCAUGUGAACGAAUUGUAAAAUUACGUGAAAGUGAUACAGUAGUUGAACUUGCUGAACCAUAUUUUUAUUAUGGACAAGCAUUACUUUAUCUUGGUCUUAGUGAACAACAAGUAUUUGGUAGUGAUAUUGUUAAAGAUGAGGAUAAUGAUGAAAAUGAUAAUGAAGAAGAAGAAAAGGAAAAAGAAAAAGAAGAAGAAGAAGAAGCAGAUGAUUCAAUUCCAGAUGAUGAACAUGUUAAUGAUCUUGAACGUGCUUUUGAAAUUCUUGAAUGUGCACAUAUGAUUUAUUCAAAAAUAUUAGAAACAGAAGCAAAUAAUGUACAUAUAAUAACACGUUUAGGUGAUUUACAUGUUAUGCUUGCUGAUAUAUGUAAUGAAAAUGGUGAUCAUGAAAAUGCUCUUUCACAUGUACUUAAAGCUAUUGAAUUACAAGAAACACUUAAUGAACAACAACGUUAUCGUUUACUUGCUGAAAGUUAUUAUAAAUUAGGUUUAAUUUAUGAAUUAAUUAAUAAAUUUUCUGAAGCUGUUGAUAGUUUUGAUAAAGCUUUAAAUACUAUUCGUCAAGCUAUUGAACAAAUAACUGGUGAUGAUAAAGAAAAUGAACGUGAAGAACUUAAAUCACUUUUACCAGCUAUUGAACUUAAACGUAAUGAUGCUCAAGCAUCUAUUGCUGAUAAAUAUUUAAUUGCACAAGCAAGAAAUCUUAUAUCGGGUACAAAUAGUACAAGUCAUACAACAGAUAAUAGUACAACAGAAACAUCAGUUAAAGAUAUAACAUUAACAAUUCGACACAAACGACCAGUAACAGAAUUAGAACAAAUUGAUGAAGAAAAUAAAAAACCUAAAACUGAAGAAAAUUAA